AGGCAACGUUUCCAAGCUUCAAAGUGAUAACCGCGUUCGUUAACAUCGCGUUCUCCUCGUGACGUCGUGGCAUUAUAUUUUCGAUAAACCUCUUCAAGAUGGGUUUGACUUUCAACAUCAAGGCUCUCUGCACUCUCAGCGGAGGACUUAAAGUGGUCCAAAUCUGCCUCGCCUUCAUCGCCAUCGCCCUCCUGCGUCAGUACGACCUCCACUUCGGCUCAGAAUCGUGGACGAACAGCCAGUCCCUUGCCGACAGGAGACUGGUGGGUAUCAUCGCCAUCGGGUCAUCCAUCCUGAUUUCACUUCCACUCCUCCUCGGGUACAUCUUCUUCGCUCACUCUUCUAACCUCCUGGAAGUGCUGUUCUGCUUCACGGCUGCUUGCAUGAACGUGGCUGGUGGUGCCAUGGCCAUUGAGACCUACCAGGACAAGAGUGACAGUGAAUACACCAAAGCGGGGAUGGCUAUGGGGUCAAUGAUGAUCAUCAACGCCAUAGUAUACCUCAUUGAUGCCAGCACUGGCACCAUUGCAAACAGAAAUAAGUAAUUUGUGAAGCCCUGAGAUGGACGAAGAAGGGGUGAACGCUAAGCACAAAUAACUCUACCCACCACAGGAGGAGGAGAAGAAUACUGUAUUAGUUUAGUCUUCAGUAGGUUAAUUAUUACUUGUAAGGUAGAAAUAACUUAUAUUUUGAAUCAGAUAAACACAAGUUAAUGCUAAACAUUACAAUAAGCAAAACUACAUUAUAUCUGUGUACCACUACAUCUCCUACACAUUAUAUGUUUGUUACAGUCGAAUAUAUACCAUUUAAGUUGCAUAUGAUACUAAUUAUCCACCAAAUGUAAUGUUUGCAGGUUUUGAUGAAUUUGUACAUCCAUUUCAGUUUACUGGAACAAGUAAUGUUAUUGGAUUACCGUGUGUGCUUAUAGGCUGAUUGCAGCAUUUGAUAUUUUAUGUUAACAAACAACAUAUUUCUUGAAGGAACACUGUACAUAAAAAAUUUGGCAGCACAUGAAAACAUUAAUUGUCAAGGCAAAGCUUUAUGAAGGCUAUGGUCCCUUAACAUGACUUUCUUACACUUGUAGUAUUACUGUACGUACAGAUAAUAUAGCUUAAAUAUAACAAGCAUUUAAAAUCAGAUUCCUGAUCUGCGCUUUGAAUGUUUACAAUGUACAAUGUAUUAUUUUGGUGCUUCAGUAUUUUUAUAUAAGUAGAUGAAUAUAACAUAUACAAUUCUUGAAUUGUAUAACAGAUCUAGACUAUUUUGAUACAAAGUUUAUAUACCACGUGCUGGAAAAGCUCAAGCACUUAACAAAUAAAUUAUGUAAAGUAGGUAUUUAGGUUAAUGUUAUUCCUAAUUAACAGGUUUUGUUUCCCUAAGUUAUGUUCAAUAAUGUUAUCUUGAAGGAGUAAAUAUUAUCCAACAAAUGAGAAGGUUUACAUUAUCCAGAAUAUAAAAGUAUAGAGCCAUAAAUGAACAGCAGUCCAAGUAAAGAAAAUAAAAUCAAACAGUAUGGUAAAGUAUUUACAAAAAUGUCAUCAUUUUUAAACUUCAGACUCUCCUUUAUACCUCCCUUAACUUAAACUAUAUUUAAUUACUCUAUUUACAACAUGCAAUGCAAGUUACCUUGACGACAGACCCAAAAGCCUGAUAUUUCAGUCUGCUGUUUUGACCUUCCAAAAUUAAACUUGCCCUACACAAACAAUAUUUUGUCAUAAUUGGUCUUGUAUCAUUUAUAAUCACAAAGGAAUCUAUGGUAAUCUUUCUGUUCGGCUGAUAAUCCAGGCAAAUACAAUACAGUUCAGGUAACAGUAAUCCAUACAUAUUCACAACAACCCCAUUAUUAUUGAUGUGUAUGAAGUGACGUGGAAAAGGGAAAAAAAUCAUUAUUUUCCUAUGGUUAACCAAAAGUCAGGCAUUUCAUGUGACCCUUCCUUCAGUUAGGUCACACUGUACUGUACUGUACCAUGACAGUAAAAAAACCUUUACAACUCCAAACCUAUCAUUCAAAGCCUUUUGAGACCAAGAAUUUUGUUACUAAAACCCUUGUUGAAUGGUAGUGUAAAUAUACAUGUGAGUUCUAUGCCAUGCUUAAGCAGAACUUUAUAUAUUAAAAAGGUGUACAUGUAUAUCCAUGAAGAAUAAUCCUUAAAGCACUUUUCCUAUGCUUCUUCACCAAAGAUUUUGAGUGACAGUUAUAUCUCUUCAUAUGUAAUUUUUCUCUAUACCGUUCUAUGUGUAACUUUUCCAAUAAAAUAUAGAAGACA